GUGUCACUGACACAUGCUGCCUCCGAGCACUUAAGUAAGCCCUCCUUGUGGGCACUGCCACAGCUGCGGUCAGGGCUGCUGAAGAAGCGAAGAAGUGGGCUCUUUUUCUUCUUGCCCUGGAGACGAGGGAGGCCUUUACUAUCUUCUCCCCAGCCAGUGCCGUCCCCCUGGUCCAUGGGGACAGUUGUAGCCAAACUGCUCCUGCCGACCCUCAGCAGCCUGGCCUUCCUCCCCACAGUGAGCGUGGCUACCAAGAGGCGGUUUUACAUGGAGGCCAUGGUCUACCUCUUCACCAUGUUCUUCGUGGCGUUCUCGCACGCCUGUGAUGGGCCUGGCUUGUCCGUGCUGUGUUUCAUGCGCCGUGACAUUCUGGAGUACUUCAGCAUCUACGGAACAGCCCUGAGCAUGUGGGUCUCCCUGAUGGCACUGGCCGACUUUGAUGAACCCCAAAGAUCGACCUUCACGAUGCUCGGUGUCCUCACCAUCGCCGUGCGGACUUUCCAUGACCGCUGGGGUUAUGGGGUAUACUCGGGUCCCAUAGGCACAGCCACCCUCAUCAUUGCAGUAAAGUGGCUGAAGAAGAUGAAAGAGAAGAAGGGCCUGUACCCCGACAAGAGCAUCUACACCCAGCAGAUAGGCCCUGGCCUCUGCUUUGGGGCACUGGCCCUGAUGCUGCGCUUCUUCUUUGAGGAAUGGGAUUACACCUACGUCCACAGCUUCUACCACUGUGCCCUGGCCAUGUCCUUUGUCCUGCUGCUGCCCAAGGUCAACAAGAAAGCUGGGAACGCAGGGGCCCCCGCCAAGCUGACCUUCUCCACCCUCUGCUGCACUUGUGUCUGACCACAGCCCACUGUUCCAGGCCCUGCCUUCCUGCCUGGCAGCCCUGUAUAUACCUCCUAUACUUCCCCACAUGGUGUGUCCAUGAGAAAUGGGCUUCUCCACACCCCAAGAGACCAUCAGGCCUGCGGCACUCUGUUCAACGCUGCUUAGGGACCCACUAAUCUUGUGUUCACCAGUUGUUUCACUCUGUUCAGAAAAGAAAGAAAGAACUUUAUCCCCCAAGGCCUCAGAACCAUAGGUGUGCCUGGCAGAGAGCUCUGGGUCAGUAAAUACUGGCCACGAGCUGCAACCCAGCAGCACACACAACAGCAGUGUAAGGGGUCAUCUGUUGCCCAGGCACUGCCUGCCAGGAUUGUCUGCCUUCCCUAGGAAGCUGGGAUUGCCCCUUCUACCCCCUGCCCAGACUCUGAAAGCUCCCCACUUAGGAAGCUGGAGCCAGUAAACCCAGCCCCGGUCUGGACCCAAGCUUGCAUGCCCCUGCCUAAGUCCCAUCCCUUCAGAGGGUUUUCCAUCAAGCCAUUCACAGUAAACUCUUGAUCAGACACUA